GGAGGCGACAGCGCUGGCGUCAGAGCACACUGACACCGGGCCGGCCGGUCACACCAACCAUGCCCGGCGAGACGAGGGCCCACCACUCCCCUCCACUCCGCUCACAGCAGCACACACAGAGACACAGCCACCCUCCUCGGAAACCACCCCGCCUUAAACCCCUCUCCGCCUGAUUGAUCGAUCACCCCCCGGCACCCAAAAAAACCCCAAGGAAAAUUCCCCAACUCCGCCCUACCCACAUUGCAUUGCACCCCGGUUCGAUUCCCCAGGUCCCGAUCCCUUUCCUCGCCACCGCAGCGUCGAUCUCGCGCGGUCGAUCCGUGGAGAGAUGGGCAAAGGGAGUAGCGGGAGGCGCCUCCGUGGAGGCGGCUGCAGCGCGGGCGGGAGCAAGCGGCCGCGGCGGGUUGCGGAGGAGGAGGCGGAGGCGGAGGCGGAGGCGGAGGCAGGGGAGGACUACUGCUUCGUCUGCAAGGACGGCGGCGAGCUCCGCGUCUGCGACUUCAGGAGCUGCCACAAAGCUUACCAUCCUGGUUGCGUGGGAAAAGACAGUGACUUUCUCAGUUCGGAUGAAGAAUUCAUUUGCGAAUGGCAUACAUGCUUUAUUUGCGAAGGGCGUACACGCUACUACUGCUUCUGUUGUCCACACCACACUUUUUGUCAAGGUUGCGUGAAACAAGCAGAAUUCGUCCCAGUCAUCAGGAAAACAAAGGGAUUUUGCUGGAACUGUUUAAGGAUGGCAAUCAUGAUUGAGAGGAACGUUGAUGUUGACUCUGAUGGGGAGAGGGUUGAUUUCAGUGACAGGGAGACUUAUGAAUUUUUAUUUAAGGAGUACUGGGAGAUAGUUAAAGACAAAGAGGGCUUGACGCUGCAUAACCUUGAAGAAGCUUAUGUUUUUCUGAAAAAAGGCCUAAACCACAAACAAGAUUCAGAUUUGGAAAUACUUCCUGAUGAAGAGCACAAGUCAGAUGAUGAUUUCUCGGGCCGUAGUGAUGAUGGUGAUGACGAACCAUCUUCCCUACCCAACUUAAAUGGACCAUCAAAGAAAGUUAAAGUCUUUCUGAAGAAAGGCAAGUCAAAGAAGAAUGCCUAUGUGGGUUGGGGUUCAAAAGAGCUCAUUGGGUUCCUUUUAUCAAUAGGCAAAGAUACAUCAAAAUCUCUAGAUCAAAUUGGUGCUGCCGAAGUUGUGAAGGAGUACAUUCGUCAAAAAGGUCUUUUGCAAAAAGAUAAGAAAAAACAUGUCAUAUGUGAUGACAAGCUCCAUUCUUUGUUUAGGAAAUCGAAACUGAUGUACAACAGGAUAUAUAGCUUGCUAGAAAGGCAUAUUGCUGAAAAUAUGACAUCAGAGGAUGAAACUCUUUCUAGUUCUGAGGAUAACAAUGAUUCGGUUAUGAAAAAGAAAGCUCGGACUGUGAGCUAUGAAUGCAGUACUCCAAAGCGCACUUCAGAAAUAAACAAGAGAUGCUUUGCUUCUCUUGUUCGGGAUAACAUUAAGUUGAUCUAUUUGAAGCGAUCUUUAGUUAUGGACCUACUAAAGGAGCCAGAUACAUUUGGAAAUAAAGUUAUUGGCUGUUUUGUUAGAGUAAAGAAUGAUCCUAAAGAUUUUAGUUACCAGAUGCCUAAAAGGUUGUACCAACUUGGACAAGUAACAGGCAUCAGGAAAUCCUCAGAAGAAUACAAGAUAAGGGACAUAUAUACAGAUGUUCUUUUAUGUACUUCCAACAUAUCUGACGUCAAAAUUUCUAUGUUGUCAGAUGAAGACUUUGAGGAGGAAGAAUGUGAAGAUCUUCGUCUGUUGGCCCAGAAAGAAUCCUUUAAAAGGCUUACUGUUGGUGAUCUUGAGGAGAAAGCGAGAAAUAUACAUAGGGACAUAGUGAGCCAUUGGAUCAAUAAAGAACUUAGGAGACUGGAAAAGUUAAUUGAAAUGGCGCACGAGAAAGGUUGGCGCAAUGAGAUGCAUGAGUACAUGGAUAAGAAAAAACUCUUACGCGAACCAUCUGAGAGACAACGUCUUCUGGAAGAGGUCCCAGAAGUUAUUCCAGAUACAGAAUAUAGUAAAGAUACCAAAUUUCAAGUUGCGGCAAAAGACAAGUCUAUUCAGAAGAAUACAGUUGCUUUUCAAGGUACCAAUGGAGGGAAAGUUUUUCCUUUGAAAAGAUGCUCCGAAGAAAACUCUAAAGGUAUUGAUUGGGAGAUAGCUCUUUCCUUGAAAAGUUGCUCAGAAGAAAAACCUAAAGCUACUAAAGCCGAUGCUGAUGGCGGUACAUCCGGAACUCAUGUUCAGAAACAGGGCACCAAAGCCACUGAAGCCAAUGUUGCUGGUGAUAUUCUGUGUGUUCAAAAGCAGGACACUGAAGCUACUGAAGCCAACGCAGAUGGUGAUACACCUGCAAUGCAUGUUCAAAGGCAGAACACUGAAGCUACUAAAGCCAACACUGCUGGUGAUACACCUGGAAAAUUUGUUCAAAAGCAGGGUGCUGAAGCUAGUGAUGCUGACAUGACAACUCAAGUUAUUAUCCUCGAUGAUGACGAAGAUGAUAAUCUGUCCGAGAAAGGUGAUCAAACAGCAGUUGCUGAUCUGGAUGCUAAUGGUGCCGGGAAUACUUGUCCGGUGCGACAUGAGACAAAUAACAGCAGGGGUCAGAAACCUGCGAAGGUGAAGGGGCUAAUGUCACAGCGCAAGUGUGUGUGGUAUUACAUCGACCCUCAAGGUGAUGAACAAGGGCCAUUUACAAUGGAGCAUCUGCGCCAUUGGUGGAAUGAUGGCCACUUCCCUGAGGAUUUUAAAGUAUGGAGAACAGGCCAAACUAGCGACUCGGCCAUUUUGCUCAGAGAUGCCCUGCAGGUGACGAGGUAGUGUUAGCUAGAGGCCUCAUGUUGUAGAACACUAGAUGUAUGUACAUAUGGCGGAAAGGGUGGAUGGCUUCUUUGUUGUAAUAUAUUCCUCUUGGGAGUUUCGCCGUUUGUAAUAUAACACCCCCAAUCCCAGCCCCCAGCCCACCCAAAAAGAAGGAACCGAGCAAACAAACCUGUGUAUUACCUGAUCCUGCCAAGGUGUCACUUAUUUUGUAUUGUAAGGUGCCUCGCCAUUUGGUUUUGGUUGUGUUUCGUGCCAAGAAAGUAGCUUUAGAUGUUGAUGCCA